AAGGGAUUUACAGCAAGGGAAUAUUUGGCAUGCGGAGUCUUGUUUUCCACCUCAGUUAAACAUGUAGUCGCUGUCAGGCGCGUACGAAGGGUCUUUUUUUCAGGAUCACCGCUUUUACCUCCGUACAGGAUCUGCGCUUGCAGAGCUGGGGAAGAAUCCCUUUCCAGCCGCGGACGGAACGCGCUCCGGGUGUAAAGAGAAGGGGGUCUUAUUCAUGCCGAAAUGACUGAAAUGUCUCAGAGUCAGUGUGCUGCCUUGGUUGGUGAAGACCAGCCCCUUUGCCCAGACCUCCCCGAACUUGACCUCUCAGAGCUUGAUGUCAGCGACUUGGAUGCGGACAGCUUUCUGGGUGGCCUUAAAUGGUACAGUGACCAAUCAGAGAUAAUUUCCUCUCAAUAUGGGAAUGAAGCAUCUAAUCUUUUCGAGAAGAUAGAUGAAGAAAAUGAGGCCAACUUGCUGGCAGUGCUUACAGAGACCCUGGACAGCAUCCCGGUGGAUGAGGACGGACUGCCUUCGUUUGAGGCCCUGGCAGAUGGGGACGUGACCAAUGCCAGUGACCGGAGCUGUCCCUCCUCCCCAGACGCCUCACCUCACACCCCAGAGCCUUCUUUGCUGAAGAAGCUCCUUCUGGCGCCGGCAAAUUCCCAGAUCAGCUAUAAUCAAUACACAGGUGGCAAGGCACAGAACCAUGCAGCCAGCAGCAACCACCGGAUCAGACCACCACCUGCCGUCGUCAAGACGGAGAGCCCCUGGAACAACAAAGCGAGAGGGGGCUCCAGCCAGCAGAACCGCCCGGUGAGGCGACCUUGCACUGAGCUUCUCAAAUACCUAACAGCCACUGAUGACAUCCUGCUCCACACCAAAGCCAGCGAUGCCAAGAACGCCUGGGGGGGUCCUAGUGGCAGGGACAAGAGUAGCCUGGGUCUCAGUGCCUCAUCGUCGUCUUCGUCGCCAUCCUCUUCAUCCACCUCCUCGUUCUCUUCCCUGUCUUCCACUUCUUCCUCCUCUUCGUCCACCACCUCCAAGAAGAAGUCAGCUGUGCCAUCUCAACAGCAGCAGCAGCAGUCGCCGCAGCAGCAUCACCAGCGAGGUGAGAGCCGGGCUGCAGGCGAGUGUAUUGUGGCUGGUCAUGGGGCUGGGAAGUGGCAGCGUUGCUCUCACGAUGACGGGGUUGAGGAUUCAGAGGGUGCCUCUGUCACUGUUGGUCGCAGAACUGACCCCUGCGGCCAUGCCCGCCCCAAACUGGAGCACGGGCCGCCCAAUGAAGAAGGAAGGCCGCCAGGCGAUGUUGGCCGCCUGGCCGCCGCUAGGUUCAUUAGUGACCACAAAGGAUCACCCUUUGAGAACAAAACCAUUGAACGCACAUUAAGCGUGGAGAUUGCUGGAACCCCAGGUCUGACACCACCUACCACGCCCCCACACAAAGCCAGUCAAGAGAAUCCUUUCAAAGCAUCUCUGAAAACUAAGUUGUCCUCGUGUUGCUCCUCGGCCUUGACGUGCAAAAGAGCCAGGCUGAGUGAGUUGGGUGCCGGCGCUUUGGCCCCGGCCCCAGGUGCCUCAGCCGGGGGCCCUGCUAGAAAGGGUCCCGAACAGACUGAGCUCUAUGCGCAGCUAAGCAAAGCAUCCACCGCCCUCCCUUACGCCAUUGCUCAAUGUGUGCUGGGGGGGGGCCUCGAGGGGCACUUCAGCACAGGCAACAAUAAGCGGGCCACUGGGCGGGAUGGCCACAGCGACCAUGACUAUUGCCAGGCAUUGGCUGCUGGUAAGAAGGAUGGGGGCAAAGCCACUGUUUCCAUGGCUGCAUCUAUGGAAAUGACAUUCACCCCAGGUGCAACCUCCACUGGCAAGGUGGAGAACAGGCUCAUCGAAUGUAUGGACUCAGCCAUGUCAAUAUCGCUUUUAUCAUCUUCUUGUUCUACAUCAUUAUCCUCACUUAGUCAUUUGACUAAAGAGCAGAAUUUUGUCCCUGUGAAUGGAGACACUUGCCAUGUCAGGGACUUAGGGGAGUGUACCCUUCCGCAAACCACACAGAUCCUCACACAGGGGGCAACUGCUAUUAGGGACCAACUGCAACUUUCUCCCAUCAACCGGAAGCCCCUGUGUGACCAGGAAAUCAGAGCAGAACUCAACAAGCACUUUGGCCCUCCCCUACAAGCCCUCUAUACUCAGGGUGAGCAGGAGAGAGAUAAAAGCAGUAAACCAAACAAGCCUACAACCCCCCAGUCCCCUGAGGGGGGAGAGAAUGACUUUUACCCCCAGAGGCUAUCCGGUUCCAGCUACCUGCACCCAGGGUUUCUGUCCUUCCAUGACGAGCUGGAGCUGAACGAGGGUUGUGAGAGUUGCUUCGUCUUUCCAUGGGAGGGCACCCCUCUGGACCUACUCUUUGAUUGCUCUCCCCAGUCUCCCUCUUGUUCCCCACCAUCCACUUGCUCCCCUUCACGAGGAUCUGUCUCCCCACCGUCUUCCCUUCUCCUGUCACCUGGCCGACCGUUCUGCUGGACCGGCAGUGGGUCUCGCUCCCGCUCUCGGUCCCACUCCGGCUCCCGCAGCUCCUCAUCACGAUACUGCAGGCGCUCUCUAUCCAGCUCACCAGACAGACGUCCCUCCUCUUGGUCUCAUCAUAGCUCUGAUCUAAGUGCUGUCCGCUCCAGAAUCCAUAAAAGCCCCCACCCUCAGUCUCGGUCUCCACACAGCCGCAGGCAAAGGUACGACAGCUAUGAGGAGUACCAGCACGAGAGGCUUAAGAGGGAGGAGUACCGCCUGGAUUAUGAGAAGCGGGAGUUUGAAAGGGCCGAGCAGAGGGAGAAGCAAAGGCAAAAAGCAAUAGAAGAGAGACGGGUGGUGUACGUGGGGCGACUGAGGUCCGGCUGCAGCCGAUCAGAGCUGAAGCGCCGCUUUGAAGUCUUUGGGGAAAUUGAAGAAUGUGCAGUGAACCUGAGGGAUGAUGGGGACAAUUUUGGCUUCAUCAUGUACCGCUACACCUGUGACGCCUUUGCCGCCCUUGAGAAUGGACACACCCUACGCAGGUUGAAUGAGCCUCAGUUCGAGUUGUGUUUCGACGGACAAAAGCAGCUUGGCAAAUCACAAUACGCAGACUUGGACUCCCAUUCAGACGACUUUGAUCCAACUUCCACAAAAAGCAAGUAUGACUCCAUGGAUUUUGACAGUUUGCUGAGAGAAGCCCAGUGCAGCCUGAAAAGGUAACCAGCUCAGUGGAGCCAGAUGUCUGUGUCACAAAGAGGAACUUCUUAUACCUCAACAUUGUUUCUCUCCCCUUCGACGACGAGACCACCAGAAGUUUGAUGCUCUGUCAAAGUGCACCUGAGAAUAAGUCUAUAGACCUAUAUCGAUAUAAAUGAAUAUAUUAAAAAUAAAAGUUUACAUGAACAUAGCUGCUGAAGAGCUGGGAAGAAACAUUUCACCCUGGGAAAGCCAGUGAACUCUCUCAGUUGGAUGCACUCUACUGCUGUAAAACCAGUUGAAAGAAGAAAAAAAAUUUUUGAUUUCCUUUUCUUCAAGCACUACAAUACCCACAAUUCAUUUUUUCUAAAGAAGUAUAAACAUGCAGUUUGUUGAGCCAGAUUUGUUUCUUUUACUAUUGAUUUUUUUUCUCUUUACUCUUUUAAAUCUGGCAUUUUGGAUCUGGUGUUACAUUACAAAGAGAAGUGUGAGGGAAAUAAUUCUUGAAGGUAAAAAUCAGAAAGUAACAUUGUUGUCUACAUUUGAAAGGAGAAAUGUAGCUGUGUAUUUACAAAAGCUAUAAAAAAAGACUAUUUUUAUUUUAUGUACAUACAUAUCAGAGUUCUUUAUUUGUUACAGCUAUGCACUGUAAAACGCAGCCUUUUUUUUAAAAAAGAAGAGAAAUUUUCUUAAUUCAGAAUGUUGAUCUGUAGUAAUUACAAUACUGUAAAACAUAUUGUACACCUACAUGAAGUUUAGAAGACAUGACAUGAUUGUAAAAAAGAAAAAAGUUAAAUAGACAUGUCUGAUUGCUCAUUUUGUGAGAGCAUGUGAACAAAUGUUCUUUUUUUAAGUUCUUUUGUUUUGGGGGGGAAAAAAUGCGAACCAUGUAUAGUUUUAUGUGUUUAUAAAGUUUGUCAAUCAGUGUUUUUGCUUAAAACAACCAGUUUAAAUUACAUUUUAUGGUGUUUUAUUCAUGAUUGUUCCACAUUUUUAAUCAUCACUUACAUGACAUAUUUGGGUUUUUUUGUUGUUAAAGGCUCUUUGAUUACCAUCAAUAAGAGAGAAAACAGUCAAUCAGCACAGAUAUAUUUAUGUAUUUAUUUUAAUAUUUGAAUCAAAGGAUAUUUAUGGACUCCAUUUUACAAUGGCGUACCUCAUAAUUGUUUGGUUUCCUAUUUAUGUCUCUUGUCAAUUGAUUUGUGUUAUUUAACUUGCAAUCACUAGACAGGGUGUACAAUGAAUAACUUUGGUGGAGAUGUUAUUACCUUCUAUGCCUUCCGAAACAAUCAAGCUGUUCAGUCCGAGAGUCAGGCCCCUCAUUCUUCUCCAGCAUCUACUUUGUUUUGUUUGCUUGUUUUCACUAAGUUACAGAUAACAUAAAGCAAUAAAAAUGAUUUUGCAGGAAUUUUGUUGUGAAAACUGAAAUAUUGCCAUCAUCACUCCGCUCAUGCUUGAUUAUGUGAAUGCUAAACUAAAGUUUACAAUUUUACUUUACCUGAAUUUUAUAAAGAUCUUGUAUUUGAUGUGAAACAUGUAUACCACUGAUAUUAUUCACUCUAAUAAAAAGAUGAUAAAGGAUAGUGCCGAUUAUGAUAAAAAUUAAAGAAAAGAGCAAUAAAUUAUAAUUUAUUUUUUUUUGUAUUUUAGCUCCUGAUGUUGUGAGAUUUUUUGGACUUUGACCCAUUACCCAGUCGCUGGUAUAGUUAGGACUCUUCCACUACCCCGCCCCCCUCCUCUUCAACAUGUAGCUGAGUCUCUGUGAUUGUGACACACGCAUUACCUUGUGACAUCUGUGCAAACGUGACCGACUCUUUAACUCCACCCCAUGUGUGUAAAAACGUGCCCAGUCAACACUGAUUGUUGUAUGUUGCAUGGUUAUUUCAGGACAGCGGCUGGUUUAAGGCCUAAACGUCUUUAAAUACUUUCCUGUCAGCUGUCUGAACUGGCAGAUUUUUAAAAAUGUUCUAAAAGCCAAAAGAAACUCUAUUUAACAUGCUGCUACCCCAUUAACUCAACCCUCCUUUCUCCAAGUCCAGAUAUCACAGCGCUGUCAACAUGACAUGAAAGGUAACCUUGCAGUUUCUGGUUCAAUUAAUAUCUUGUUUUUAGCGUGAGCCAAGUAAUGAGAGAACCAGCUAUAAAAGCUUAGCUGAUCAUAGAGUUUGACUGCAGAGGCAAGAAACGGCUAAUUUUUUUGAUGCAAGAAGGCCAAAAUUGAUUGAAGGAUGUAAAAAAAAAUCCCUUUACCUUUUUUAUGAUAAUGUUAAACUUUUUUUUGCUGUAUGUAUAGCGUUUGGGUAAUGGUGUCGUGUCCCAUUUCAUAGAUGUGGCUUUAAUCAUUGUAAUAAAAAAAGUAAAAAGGCUUUGUAAAUUGCUUAGAUUAGCAAUAUAAUAUAACACCACCAGGUUCAAAUUUAAACUUUGGCGGGCUUUUUAAUAAUAGGAGCUGUUGAGUUUGUUGCCACUGCUUAAACAUUUGUUUUGUAAUCAUGUUUCUUCUGGAAGGACGAUAAUGUUCAUUGGUAAGUGUGUGUGUGUGUGUGUGUGUGUGUGUGUGUGUGUGUGUGUGUAAAAGUGUGAUUGAAGGUAUGUUUGUGUGCGUUUUCUGGGAAAGGGUUAGGGGUUGUCGCUACCUGUUUGUGUCCUAUUCACGUUGCCUUCUGCCAAGUCCUUACCAAUGCCUUUGUGGUUCUACCUAUUGUACGACUUUCUUGUGACUUUUAUUUUUUAUGUGCAAUUCUCAUUAGCCUCACCAUGCCAAUAAAGGGAAAAUGUGUUUGAAAAACUGUC